CACGGCUACGACCCCGAGGUUCUUGAGCUAGAGAAAUGGCGUAACCUACUAGCCAAGCAACAAUACCAGACUACCGCUCCCGUCGACGACGCGCCAGGUUGGAAUGAAGAUCUAGCCUCCGACUCCGAAGCCUUCGUCAAGGCUGAUCGUACGCCGGGCAGCCCGAGCGCAGAACUGGUCGAGCGGACUGUCACCCACGUCAAAGCCAAACACUGCGCCGAACAGCGCUUGGAGGAGACCGGCGAGCACUAUGACCAGAAUGAGACACCCCGGAACGUGCAGAACGCAGGUGCGAAAACACAUGCGGCGGAUCAGUGA